CGCGUCAGAGGGGCGGAGGAGACUCAUCUGCGAGCGACUGAGCUGAAGCUGCGAGCGACGUGGACAGCCGAGAGGGAAGGAUGAAGCCGACGACGUUCCUGCUGCUGCUUGGAGCCGCACUGAGCUUCAGCCAGGCUCAGCUGUCGGACACCGAGGAGGCGCCGGCGGAGGAGGAGCACGUGGAGCUCUUCACCACGCCCACAACAAAGAUGGCCGCCGCCACCUCCGACUUCGGCUACAACCUGUUCCGCGCCCUGGCGGGUCGCGACGCCACCGCCAACGUCUUCCUGUCGCCCGUCAGCGUGUCGGCCGUGCUCACGCAGCUGUCCCUGGGGGCGUCUGAGCGCGCUCAGCGGCGCCUGUUCCGGGCUCUGCGGUACCACACGCUGCAGGACCCCCAGCUGCACGACACGCUGAAGGACCUGCUGGCCUCCGUCAGGACGGCCGGGAAGGGCCUGAGCACCGCCGCCCGCAUCUACCUGGCCCGCCGUCUGCGUCUGAAGCAGGACUUCUUCUCUGUGGUGGAGCGGCAGUACGGCGUGCGGCCCAAGGCUCUGAUGGGCGGGGCCAGAGACGUGAAGGAGAUCAAUGAUUGGGUGAAGCAGGAGACGGGCGGGGCGGUGGAGCGCUUCCUGUCCGGCUCGCUGCCCCGCGGCUCCGCUGUCAACACCAUCACCGCCUCGCACUUCAAAGGGAAGUGGGUGACGCGUUUCGGUCAGAGUGGAGCGAAGGGCGACUUCCAGCUGGACGGCAAAGCACCUGCUCGCGUUCCCAUGAUGCAAGAGGACAACUACCCAGUGAAGAUGGGGGUGGACCCGGACCUGGGCUGCACGAUUGCUCAGAUCCAGAUGCAGGACGACGUCAGCAUGUUCGUCUUCCUCCCCGAUGACGUCACCAGCAACAUGACCCUGCUGGAGGAGAGCCUGACCGCCGAGUUCGUCCAGGACCUCACCUCCACGCUCCACCCCGCCCAGGUGUCCCUCACGCUGCCCGUCCUGAAGUUCAGCUACUCCACCGACCUGCUGCCGCUGCUGCCCGACCUGGGGCUCUCUGAUUGGCUGGCUGAGACGGAGCUGGAGAAGAUCACGGCUCAGCCCGCCAAGCUCAGCAGCGUCUACCACAAGGUCAUGAUGGAGAUGGCGCCCGAGGGAAACCAGUACGCCAGCGUCGCCACGUCACCCAGCAACCUGUCGUACCGCGUGACCCGCCCCUUCGUCUUCCUGAUCCGGGACGAGGCGUCGGGGGCGCUGCUGCUCAUCGGCAGGGUGCUCAACCCCACAGACCUGAGGAUGUAGACACACACACACACACACACACACUCUUAGCAGGUCCUAGGAGGGAAUGCAGGUGUUUUCCAGGCACAUAUGAGCAGCCAGACGAGGAUAUUUGAUUUUGCUCCACAUCGGGCCACACAGUCUGACUUCUCUCCUGUAAUUUUACCUGAGAGGAUUUUUUUCAUGUUGAAACAGAUUUAAUAUGAUCAUGUUUGUCUAAUCGGAUUCUCUAAGACAUUGACAAUAUUCUGCUCACCAAAGCAAAAUAUAAAAUACUUUUUUAAAAAAAA